AUGAAGGCACUGACAGCAGAGAUUGUGAAGACCAUCCGUGAUAUUAUCGCCCUUAAUCCACAUUACAGACAGUCUGUUCUUCAGAUGAUGCAGGCUGGGCAGGCAGUAGUGGACAACCCCAUCUAUCUGAGUGACAUGGGAGCGGCUCUAACAGGGGCCGUGUCACACGAGCUACAGGACGUCCUGGAAGAGACCAAUAUUCCCAAACGUCUGUGCAAGGCUUUAUCGCUGCUGAAGAAAGAAUAUGAGCUGAGUAAGCAGCAGCAUCGCCUUGGCAGUGCCUUGGCAUACCUCCUGCAGGAGCAGCUGAAGAUCAUUAAGAAGGAGCUAGGCCUGGAGAAGGAGGACAAGGACACCAUCAAGGAGAAGUUCAGGGAGAGGCUGAAGGAUCGCACUGUGCCCCAGCACAUCAUGGACGUCAUCAAUGAGGCGCUCAACAAACUCAGCCUGCUGGACAACCACUCCUCAGAGUUCAAUGUGACCCGGAACUAUCUGGACUGGCUGACCUCGAUGCCCUGGGGAACUAAUAGUGAGGAAAACCUAGAGCUGAAACGGGCCAAAGAGGUGCUGGAGGAGGACCAUUAUGGGAUGGACGACGUCAAGAAAUGCAUUCUGGAGUUUAUUGCAGUGAGCCAGCUGAGAGGCUCAACCCAGGGAAAGAUCCUGUGUUUCUUUGGCCCUCCUGGUGUAGGAAAGACCAGUAUCGCCCGCUCCAUCGCCAGAGCACUCAACCGAGAAUAUUUCCGCUUCAGUGUUGGUGGUGUGACAGAUGUUGCCGAAAUCAAAGGCCACAGGAGAAUAUAUGUGGGAGCCAUGCCUGGAAAGAUCAUUCAAUGCCUCAAGAAGACAAAGACAGAAAACCCACUGGUCCUUAUUGAUGAGGUUGACAAGAUAGGUUGUGGUUACCGAGGCGACACGUCCUCAGCUCUGCUGGAGCUCCUGGACCCGGAACAGAACUUCAACUCUCUGGAUCACUACCUAGAUGUGCCUGUGGACCUAUCCAAGGUUCUGUUUAUCUGCACUGCCAAUGUGACUGACACCAUCCCAGAGCCCCUGAGAGACCGCAUGGAGAUGAUCAACGUGUCUGGAUACGUGGCCCAGGAGAAACUAGCCACCGCUGAGAAGUACCUGGUACCCCAGUUGCGUACUCAGUGUGGGCUGACUGAGGAUACGACCAACAUCUCGCCAGAGGCUCUGAACCUUCUCAUCAGACAGUACUGCAGAGAGAGUGGAGUAAGGAACCUACAGAAACAAGUGGAGAAGGUGUUCAGGAAAGUGGCGUUCCGUAUAGUAAGCAGGGAGGAGACGGCAGUCCAGGUUACCCCUGACAACCUGCAGGAUUAUGUCGGCAAGCCCAUCUUCACUGUGGAUAGAACACCGCCUGGCGUUGUCAUGGGCCUGGCAUGGACAGCCAUGGGUGGCACCACGCUGUUUAUAGAGAUGGCACUGAGACGGCCGCGAGACACGGGGGGUAAGGAUAAGGACGGCCCCAGGGAUGGGUCCCUGGAGAUCACAGGGCAGCUUGGAGAUGUGAUGAAGGAGAGCGCUAAGAUCGCCAGUACCUUCGCCAGGGCCUUCCUCGUGAAGCAGCAGCUGGACAACGACUUAUUUUCUGGCUCCCAUCUCCAUCUGCACGUCCCUGAGGGUGCUACUCCCAAGGACGGGCCCAGUGCCGGCUGCACCAUCGUUACGGCCCUGCUGUCCCUGGCGACCAACACGCCAGUGCGGGAGAAUUUGGCCUUGACGGGAGAGGUGUCCCUGACCGGAAAGAUCCUGCCUGUGGGAGGCAUCAAGGAGAAGACCAUUGCUGUGAAGCGUGCAGGGGUGACCUGCAUGACUUUACCAGCUGAGAACAAGGACUUCUCUGACCUGCCAGAGUUCAUCACAGAGGGCCUGGAGGUUCACUUUGUGGAUCAUUACACCAAGAUGUACCACAUUGUCUUUCCACAACACCGAAUCAUAUUAAGCUGUGAGUCUGGCGCCUGAGCGGCUACCAGGGAUGGAUACAACUGGAUAGAUAAUGGUCUAUCUACAUUCACAGUAAUGGACUUUAGGGCAUCCUGAACUAUGAAACCAGAUUUUCUGAUGAGUGAUUUGUUUUAUAAGUACAUUCACUUGCUGUUUAAAGCCCUACAUCUGACAGUGUGUGAGACAGCUGAUCAGUUGGACCACAGACACGGAGCAGGGGGUCUGUUCAGGAGGGUAAAACAUUAAAGAACGUUUGCUAGAAAUGUAUGGUGUAGAACAGGUACGAUUGUCUCCCCUGUAGCUCAGUUGGUAGAGCAUGGCGCUUGCAACACCAGGGUUGUGGGUUCGUUUCCCACGGGGGGCCAG